GUCGUCACACCUGCUUACCUAGGUAUCCUGCGCAGCUCAGGGCUGCUCAGCUGAGGUUUCUCUGAUCUCAGACUCCUGAAUCAUGAAGCUGCGCUUUCCUUCUGUCUUCAAGUGACAAGAACAAGAACAAGACAGAACUUGCGUUCUGCUUUCAAGAGCAACUCAGAAAGCGCAAUCUGGAAUCCUUACCCACACUUCUUUUGGGGCUCAAGCUUCUUGCAGCGCGGAUCCUUUUGGCAGCAAGGACGAUCAGGCAAGAGCGCGUCAAACUCAGCGCUAUAUGGAGGUUGAAAAUGUAAUUUAAACAAGAAGCAGUCAAAAGAAAAGUAUAAUGUGUGGCCACGAUUGCCAAGGAGGUCGGUAUAUUUGGAAAAGGAGCGCGUAAGACAGUGGUGGUGAUUGGAUUUUCUCGUCGGUUAAGAUGAUCGGUACAGAGGUUCUCCAGACAAGUUCUUGGAGGGCGCCGCAUUUGCAACUACAGAAAGGACAGAGCAUCCAUGAGUUUUCACCCACACCCGGAUCCUUCAGGCAUACUUUUCGUGCAGUGAUCCUCGGUGGUGUGGUCGGUAGAGUGGAUGAUCUUGCAAAAGGCCACAAUGAUUUUCGCCUGGUCAAGCUUCAAGACAAGUUGUCAGCUCAACAGCAAACCAGGCCCAGCAAGAAGAGAACCAGUGCCAAGAGCCUUGCGGCAACUGUGGUUGACGCUAGCCAGAGUCUAGAUUCAGGAACUGAUGCGGGGAUAAUCGACGUGGUGACUCUGGGAAACCUGUGCGUUGACAUCGUUAAGCAUGUUGAGGAGCUUCCCCCCACUGACAAGCCCCGUCGCCGUGCCUACAUGGACGCUAUGGUCGCUCGCCCCCCACCUGAAACUCAGUGGGAAGGUGGGGGUAACUGCAACACUGCCAUAGCAGCCGCGCGCCUCGGUCUCCGGUGCACUGCUUUAGGGCACAUUGGAGAGGAGGUCUUUGGGGACUUCUUACGGCGGGUCUUGGCGUCUGAGGGGGUUGGGUUUCAGGAAGUUCAAGAAAGUGGGGAGGCGCCGCUCGGGGGGGAGGACUAUGACGGGGAGACGCUGCUGUGUUGGGUGAUCAUUCACCCGACGGACGGCCACACGUUCUGCAGCCGGUUUGACUUCAACAAAGGUCCGGCCUUCAGCCGGUUGACGGAGCUGCCACCGGCGUUUGAGAAGCUGAUGAGCAGGUCGAGGGCCGUUUUCUGCAACGGAUUUGUGUACGACGAGCUGCCUCCGCCCACCGUACACGUCGCACUUCGCAAGGCUCGGGAACACGGAGCCGCCGUCUUCUUCGACCCGGGGCCUCGUGGGGAGGCCUUUUGCAAAGCAAGUGACUACAAACGGGAAUGCGUGGAGACACUGAUGAGACUCAGUGACGUCGUGCUGAUGACGGCGGAGGAGGCAGAAACGAUUACUGGUCUGCGGGAUCAGGAGGCCGCAGCAGAAGCGUUGCUCAACCGGGGGGGUGCGAUCCAGUGGGUCGUCAUAAAGGACGGCGGCCGAGGCUGCCAUAUGACGACGCACGAGGGGAGCUUUUGGCUUCCUGCAUAUCGAAUAGACGUCGCGGAUACGGUCGGGUGCGGGGACAGCUUCGCGGCCGCCGUCGUGUUGGGCUUCAUCCGAGGGGAAGGCCCGAUCACCACUCUGGCGUUAGCGAACGCCGUGGGGGCUGCGACGGCAAUGGGCGUGGGUGCCGGACGAAACGUGGCUCAAUCUGACGUCCUCGCGUCCAUACUUUCGGACACAGAACGUCAGCAAGGAGUCGUGACAGUUCGAUUGAAAAGUGGUUCUAGAAUGGACGGAAAUGGGGCGUCGACCAGCGGGGAUAGCGGGGUGGGAAUGUCAAUAGAACGAGGAGUCGGUGUCUCUCGAGGUAGUCGGACGCUCUUGUCAACUAGUAAUGGAUUGUUGCUUGGGGAGUCUGCUGAGGAUUUGCAGGAAAAUGGUGCCGCUGAAGGGAGGGCGCGGCCAGGUGAAGCCUCUUGGAAUGGAAAACGGAGGUAUACGUCAGAGGUGGAUGAAACUGAUGCUUUUUUGUCGGAAGAAGGCGCGUGCUCAUCAUGGAGUGGGGGCGGGGUUUCUGAAAGGCUAAGUCCUAUAGAAGAGAUCAAGCGGUUGCAAGCAACGAGCGACGGGUAUGUUAAGAUGGUCGAUGGGGAAGGGCAGGUUUUUGAGGUGAGCUUCCAGGUAGCGGCUCAAGCAGCAGCCGCGUUGUUGGAGCACUCGAAGCGGGGACAAGCACUCAAGCUCGCAAUGAAUGAAGUCGGGGCUGCUUGAUAUUAAGCAUGGGCAUCUUUAGCUGGUCAUGCAUUUGUGUUCAAAGCAAACAAUAGGGAGGUUAUCAUAGAGGAACUCAAACGUGACAAUUUGCGUAUGCGAACACAUUUGUUUCGGAGGACUCGUACUAUGAACACCUUUGAGCAGCAUAAGCUGCCGCCUGAAAUGACUGUGACUAUCGGAGUAAGUAGCAACUUUCAUGCUAGACAAUGCCGCCCGGUCAUUUGCCAUAGAAUCAUUCUUCUCAAUCACAAUUGGACAAUGCUGUAGCUUCAUCUGUAACACAUCUCAGCGCCGGGCCUUCUACA